AUGUCCGACACUAUCCAUUCUUUGAAGGUUGGAAUAGAUUUUGGCACUACCUAUUCCGGGGUAGCCUGGGCCCAUACUGCAACCCCUGAUGACAUAAAUGUCAUUCAAAAAUGGCCAAAUGGGGGCAACAAAACCACCGACAAGGUACCAACCGAGCUAAAAUACUCCCCUGAAUACCCAUCUGGCUACAAAUGGGGCUGCGAUGUUGCCAAUGAAAUUGAGAAGCUAGUAUGGAUCAAGCUCCUCCUUGAUCCGUCUCAAGAUUCCUUUUCAGAUGAAUUACUUGCCAAAACCAAGGCCCUCAUGCCCCCAGGAAAAGAACCGGUUGAUUUGGUGAUUGAUUUUCUGAGGGGAUUGAAAGAUCACACCAUGGACGUGCUUGAAAGUCAUUUUGGGAAAGAUUUUAUAGAAAUUACGCCCAUUGAGUACUUUCUGACGGUUCCUGCAGUAUGGAGCGAUUCCGCAAAAGCACAGACUCUAUAUGCAGCGGAGGUCUUGGGUUUAGGAACUAAGAAUAACCUCCGUUUGAUAUCGGAACCUGAAGCAGCAGCAGUAUAUAGUCUCAAAGCUAUACAACCAAACAUGUUGAAAGUCAACGAUACGUUCGUGGUUGCAGAUUGUGGAGGCGGAACAGUGGAUCUAAUCUCAUACGAGAUUAUUCGUCUCGAACCCAAACUUGAAGUUAAAGAAUGUGUCAUAGGCAGUGGAGGAAUGUGCGGUUCUACCUACAUCAAUCGACGUUUCGAAGCCUGGGUCAAGAAUCGGAUUGGAUUGACUCAAUUCAAUAACCAGCGCCCUCGUGGUCGUGCUAAUAUGAUGAAAUACUUCGAGGAGUACCUCAAACGAAUAUUCGCCGACGAUCCCUCUCAACCUACCUAUCAUUGCCCAGCCAUAGGCAUCCAAGAUGACGAAUUCGCAGGUGUCGAGGAUGGCUUUCUCUCUAUUUCACGUGCUGAAAUGAGAGAAAUAUUCGACCCUGUCGUGAACGAAGUUCUUAAACUCGUACAGCAGCAAAUAGCUAGCGUGGAGGCGUGUGGGCGUAAAGCCUCGGCAGUAUUGUUGGUGGGUGGAUUUGGUGCAUCAGAGUAUUUGAAGGCUAGGUUGAAGAGUGUUGUUUGCGAUCCUAAAAUGAUUGAAUUGAUGAAUCCACUCAAUGCGUGGACGGCGGUCGCAAGUGGGGCCUGUCAGAGAGGCUUAGAAGGGGUAUCGAUGGUCAGAAAUCAGCUUGCUAGGCGUAGCUAUGGGGUACUAUGCGUAAUGAAACACAAUGGCACCGGGGGCACCAAGGGUCAGCGUAAACACGUUUUUGUGGAUCCUAUGACUGGGGAAUUGAAGAUUGACAACCGUGUCAGCUGGUUCAUCAAGAAAGGUGACAUAAUAUCAGAAGAGAAAGCGGUUACCUACCCCUUUUACUUUACCCUCGGCAUGGAACACAACCUUUUCGUCGAAAACACACUUCUCGCCUGUGAAAUGGACAAUUUUCCCAAAAAUGCGAAAAAUCCUCACGUGUUCACUGUGUGUAAACUUAAAACCAACCUCAACGUUGUGCCACGAGAGCUGUUCGAUAAGAGGAUUGCAGAGAAUGGGCAGCCAUAUUACCAUAUCCAGUUCAAUCUCUCUAUGAAGAUACAGAAUGCGCUGGUGUUCGCUUUCGAGUUCAAAGGGAAGACGUACAGUAGUGUGGAGGCGAAGUUUGCCUAA